AAACACACACACACACACACACACACACACACACGGAGUCGCUGCAUGUUGGAGCAAACGUUUGUACUCUCUCUGCUCUUCCCCGGUUACCGAAAAGCGGGUGUUUGGUUUCGCAGUCUGCGGCGAGCCUCGUCGUGACAGAGUUUGGAAACGGCUGAAGGAGGAGCGCAGGGGAGGGGGGAGAAAGAGAUUUCAAGUGCAGCUUGCCAGGAAGUGUAAUAUCCUGCUCAAGAGACUGAUUCAGCAGCAUCCAGCUGCUGUGUUUGUGUGGAGAGAAAGGAGAGAGAAAGGGAGACAGAAAGAUGAGGUGGUGUCCUCCUGUAAGAAACACACACUUCCUCUCACACAUGGGCUGACAGCGGGAGACGGAAGGGGCGAGAGAGAGUGUGGGACUGACACACACACACAGAAAGAAAGAGGCAGUCGGCCAUCUGUGGUCGGUCCCCUGCUAUUCUGCAGCUGUGUUGGAGUCAGCAAAUGGUUUUCAGCUCCAUCAGGACUUCAGAAACCACAGAGUUAGAUAAGAGGGUUAUUCCUACAUCUCCUUGCCCAGGGGAUGAGCCUAUGCUGGUGCAAUGUUAAGGCCUCGCUGGUCUCGAAUUAGGCCCCUGGGGCUGCUUCUUUGGAGAGAUGGGUGAUACCCCAGCUGGAUCUUCUGCUGUCACCAUCCUUCACGGCUAUCAUUAGUGGCUAAUGAGCUGCUGCUAGAGAGGAAACGGAGAAAGUGCCUGUGGAUAGAGGAGGAACCUUACAACUGUUAUUAAGAGGCCCAGAGAUCUCAGACAAGGAAUUCUUUGCCUCUGCAAGAUAGUGGAAUCCUUUUUAAAGCUCUUUCGAGUUCAAGCAUGAAAGGAUAUCAACUUUGGAAUUCAGUGUUGUAGAUAUUUCUUUUCAGGUGUUGAUUGCCAAUUGUUUUGUUUUUGCUACAGCAUUGUAUGUCUGAAAAUGGUCACCAUGCAGUUGAAAGACAACUUUUUCAGUGAAAUUAUUCAGUAUUUAGACAUAAACUGUUUCUUUCUCAACUGUAGGAGUUUCAGUAAAACAUUAUAAUCCAUUAGGAUUUUUUUGUUUGAGCUAUAUUGCUUUUGUUUUACACUUUGAUAUUAUUUUGACCUUCCUAUGCCCUGAAGGACAUUGGUCACAAUGGCAGCAGCCUAUCGUGUAGUGGUGAGCAGUGUGAGCUGCUACAACAGUGUGGUAGUGGACCGGCGCACUCACUCCCAUGCUGUGCACUACUGCUCGGGGCCUUGUGGGGCGCUGUCCCAGGGACUAGACUGUACUGUCGCACAUCGCGGCAUGUGCUCCGAGCUGCUUGUUGCACCUGACCCUGCAUACACUGACCCAAACAGCUCUCUCAUACACUCCCGUAACAUGAUCACUCAGCAACUUCCUAACCAUGGUAAAAUUAGUGUUACCAUGGAUACUAGUUAUAAUGGUGGUCUAGAGAGGGCAGGCAGCAGUGGCAACUUGUCUUUAGGGGAGGACAGCCCCAUGUGGCGUGGUAAAAAAAACCCCACUGGCGGAGCAUUGACUGGGAACCUGAGCUCCUUUGGCAGUCUAAAGGACAUUACCGAAGAGGCCAUCAACCUGGCCAGUGGUAAGCUCAAAGAGUUUUCUUUUGACAAGCUCCGCCUCUCCUCCUCCAGCCAUGUCACCUUCCGGAAAGGUCGUAAGGUCCGUCCUGACUCUUUCAGCCGUCGCUCCACCGACCUGGAAAUCAUCUAUGGCCAUUUUAGCUCCAACAUCACUACAAACGGAAUGACUAAUGGCAUGACAAAUGGCAUGGCUACUAAUGAUGAGAACCUGCCACCAUUUGUGCCAGGCAAAGGAGCAGGCUUGGAGGAGACAAAGCUAAAGGGCAGCACAGGCACCUUGUCAGCCAUCACCAAAGUGGGUGGUGGAUCAACAAGCAGCCUAUCGAGUAUUGGGACUUUGGACCAAAGCCUGAACACAGUGGCCUCCCUGUACCUCAACGCCCUGGGAGAGGAGAACCUGAUUGCCCGUCUGCUGGAGAAGACACGAGCGGAGGCGGGCACUGGGGGAGCAGGCGGGGAGGACAUCCGUGCCUGCCUUGACAUCCUGCUUAAAUGUUCUGAAGACCUAAAGAAAUGCACCGACAUCAUCAAGCAGUGCAUCAGACGCAAAGCUGGUGGAGGGCCAGAGGAAGGAGGAGCCAGUCCUGACAGUGUGUAUCGGGCUGUGAUGACCCGACUCAGCUCCUAUUUGAAGAGACUGCCUCUGGAUCUGGAAGGAAUUGGAGGUUUGGGAGGCAGUGGGCAGGGGGGUCAGGGUGCACCUGGAAGUGGGCACAGUGAUCUGGCUGAGUUGGUCAACACUCUUCACUCUAUCCAGCAGGGACCGUACUCUCCAAUAUUUGGCAAUGAGCAACCUCCUCGCUAUGAAGAUGUGGUGCAGUCACCUCCCAUCCCAAAGACUGUUCCUCAUUCUGCAUCUUCUACUCCCUCCUCUGUUUUAUCUUCCACUUCAUCUUCUUUGAAAUCAGACUCCACCCAUACUAAACCAGUCCAAAGCUCCCUGUCCAGAGCCACUCCACUUACCAAUGGACUACAACAUCCACAUUCUUUUUCUAUCACACAACACACACUCGCUUCCCCAUCUGUCACAUGCUCUCCAUCCAGCUCCUCUCCAACACACUCUCCCUCCCCUUUUCGCACCUCCCCGACCCCACCAUACACACACACUCCUCCAGCAUCUCCCAUGGAGGCUCUUUAUAUUGAGGAGGAGGAAGCAGAUGUGGGCAAGACACCGGAACAGAUCUCACAACAGACACACACUCCAACCAGAGGAGUGAAUACUACCCAGAGCAAAAAUGGGACGAUUUUGGGUCAACACAUGCACCUGUCCCAUCCACACACACUCCAUAACUCUUCAAAUACUUUGCCGGCCAGCUCUGGCUACAGCCCCACUUGGCCUUCCUCUGUCUCCCUAACAGUCUCAGCACCCAAAGCUGUCUUCCACAGGAAUGAUGACAUUGACAAGCUGCUAAUGGACUUGGAGAAUCUUUCUCAGAGUAUGAGCCACCCCAGAAAUACUGAGCCUCCACUUCCAGUUAAAACCAGGAAGAGAGAAGGAGGCCAGGGAAUCACUUCCAAUGAGGCCCUCACUCAGCCCAAAAUGACCCAGUUCCAAGUCCAGAAGCCAGCCGGCCACCUAGCCAUGAAUGGCCCUAGCUCCAGGACUCCCCAGAGUCUCACCUCUCCCCAGGGAGAGAACAGUGAAGCUGUGGUGGGAGAGGAGGAGGAUGGGGCACUGCUGCUGAGGAUCCUGGAGAGCAUUGAGAGUUUUGCCCAGGAGCUGGUGGAUUCUGGGGCGGGGAGCACAGGGAGUGCUGAGAGGAACAGCGGGAAGGAGCGGGAAGUGAUGAGGCUCCUGCAGGAUACACUGGCCACCACCGGCAGGGCUGACACCCCUCUGGAAAGCACACACCCACCAGAUGCUCUCACUGCUCCAUCCAUGCACACAAAUGCAGUCCCAGCUAUACCGCCAAAACACUCCCUAGCAAAUACACCUGCAGUUUCAUCUUCACUGACACAAGGAGAUACUUACAUAACUACAAUAUCUGAAGCUGUGUGCAAUGCUGCAUCUGAACCGGCACCUAAACCUAAACUUGAUGCUGCCCCCAAACCUCUGCCGACACCCACACCUGAACCUGCAACUGAGGCGACAGAUAAAGUUACAGAAGCCUCUGCAGGUGAGACUGAUCCAAAAUCCAUCCCUGCCCCUGUAACAUCUGCACCUGCAAGCUUGCAUUCCUCCACACAUUCAGCUGAACCUACACCUGUGGCUGCACUUGAAGCUCCAGCCCCUGUUGUCAUCCCAAUUGUGGUAGCCACAAAAGAUGCUCCCAUUGUUGUUUGUGACUCUGCUGCUGUGAGAGACACUGGUUCAACCCUCCUCAUCCAGCAGACUCCAGAGGUGAUCAGAGUAAGUGUCCAGUCCAAACCAGAGAAGAAACCAGGCACACCUCCACCAGCCCCCGCCCUGGCCACAACCGCACCCGCCCCCACACCGCGUUCACCCAGCCCUCCUCCGGCUCCAGUGAUAGUCACCCCUCCUCCCCCUGCCAUCAACAUUCCCAGGUUCUACUACCCCCGUGGGCUCCCUGCCAUGGGCCCGGCCACCAACCACGAUGCAGCCAUUGCUGCCAUUGAGACGGCCUUCACUGAGUUUGAGGAGGAGAAGGCUGACAUAUAUGAAAUGGGCAAGAUCGCAAAGGCAUGCGGGUGUCCACUUUACUGGAAGGCCCCCAUGUUUUACUCAGCAGGUGGCGAGAGGACGGGCUUUGUCUCUGUUCACUCCUUCAUUGCAACCUGGAGGAAAUUGUUGCAUAGUUGCCACGAUGAUGCAUCAAGGUUUAUUUACCUGCUAGCCAAACCCAGCUGUAACUACCUGGAGCAGGAGGACUUAAUUCCUCUACUGCAGGACAUAGUGGAUACACACCCUGGGCUCACAUUUCUGAAGGAUGCACCUGAAUUCCAUUCCCGUUACAUAACAACGGUGAUCCAACGGAUAUUCUACGUUGUGAACCGUUCGUGGACGGGUCGUAUUACCAUGAUGGAGCUGCGCAGGAGCAACUUCCUACAGACCUUGGCCCUGCUGGAGGAGGAGGACGACAUCAACCAGAUCACUGACUACUUCUCCUACGAACACUUCUAUGUCAUCUACUGCAAGUUCUGGGAGCUGGACACUGACCAUGACCUCUACAUUGACCCUAAAGACCUGGCGAGAUAUAAUGACCAUGCAUCCUCAAACAGAAUCAUUGAAAGAUUGUUUUCGGGGGCUGUUACUCGGGGUAAUGCUGUGCAGAGAGAAGGCAGGAUGAGCUAUGCUGAGUUUGUCUGGUUCCUUAUAUCUGAAGAAGACAAGAAAAAUCCCACCAGUAUAGAGUACUGGUUCCGCUGCAUGGAUGCAGAUGGCGAUGGUGUCCUGUCCAUGUUUGAGUUGGAGUAUUUCUAUGAGGAACAAUGUGAGAGGAUGGAAAGGAUGGGCAUCGAACCUCUGCCCUUCCAGGAUUUGCUCUGCCAGAUGCUUGACCUGGUCAAACCUGAGAGCCAAGGUAAGAUAACCCUUGGUGAUUUGAAGCGCUGCCGGAUGGCUCACAUAUUUUUUGACACCUUCUUCAACCUGGAGAAAUACCUGGACCAUGAACAGAGAGACCCAUUUGCUGUGCAAAAGGACAUUGAUAGUGACGGUCCAGAGCCAUCUGAUUGGGAUAAAUAUGCCUCAGAGGAGUACGAGAUACUGGUGGCGGAGGAGACUGCAAAUGAACAGCUACAUGAGGGGUCAUUUGAUGAUGACUAUGAAUCCGAGGAGCUUCAAGUCCCUGGAGAGAUUGGGAAUAAAAUGGAAAAACUGGUCAUAUCAGACCUGUCAGCAUAAAACUCCUUCCUUGAAAUUCCUGGUGAUAGAAGGUCCCUUUGGAUGGAUGCAUCAAAAAAUACAUGGAUGUAAAGACAGAGAGAGAAAACGAUUUUGGCAUCUGUUUUUCAAAGACUUUGGAGUCUCCUCAGAAUGGACUCAUCAGUUUUUGUGCGUGUGUGACCGUAAACCAGUACUGUUCUGUAUCUGGUGCAAUAAUGCAUCUGUAUUCAUACAGAAAACAAUGUCACUGCCUCCAGCUAUCCUCUCCAUCUGAGAGAACAAAGCCAAUGAUGGGGGAAGAAGUGAACAAUAAGCUCUAAAAGGAAUCAAGAAAAAAAACUGUAAAAUAAUGUAAUUACCAUUGUGAAUUCUCUACUGACAAUCCUGCCAGAAGACAAUCACCUGAAUUUUCAAUUGUCACUGUGCUAAAGGUAGAUAGACAGGUACACUGUCAGUUACACAAAUAGACUCCUAGUUGGAGAAACAGGGAGACAGAAACAGAUAAUUAUAGUGAUAAGCACUGCCACCGUCAGCAAACAGUCAGCUACUCAAUUGUGAUACAUACAGACAGACACUGCCAUCAGAAACCUGCUGCGUGUGCAGCUUGUCACUGUUUUCCUUGUAAAGGAAGUAGUUAAAGCUCCAGUCCCUUCAGGGAGGAAUCAUGAAACAGUUUGGGUGAUUGUAACAGCACCUCUCUGUGGCCAGUCUGUGCUACUGGAUGCCACUGUCAUGCACGAUGCACAAAGGCUGGCCAACCUUUCCAAGAGGGAGUUCAGUUCACCACUCCACCUCUGGACUCCCUUUGCAAUCAUAUGUCAAUCCUGGAAAAAGUCUGACUACAUGGACUCAUUGCAUUAAUUCUCAAUUGGGUCACAGUGAGAUGUAUGCACAUAAAAUGAUGCAUGUUGACAAACAUAUCAAACUCUCUGGUAGAGUUGCCCACACAUUUCCACCGGUAAAAUUUGUAAUAACGCAAUAGAUACGCAUAAGAACUGUAAGUUGUCACUCUCAUGGAAUUAUCCAGCACAACCCACUGUAUGUUUUCUAACAUCCUUGUUGACUGUGUACAGUACCUGGUAAUUACCUUGAUCUGUUUUUGUCAUUUAUGCCAAAUUGUCAUAUACCAUUUGUUUAUGAAACUUUCUGAUGUCCAUUCUCCCUAUAACACACAUACCAAACACACCACUAAGGAUGCCUCUUAAAGGGUCAGAUCACUCAAAUUAUGAAAAGAUAUAUAUUCUCACACCUCAAGUGGUAUUUAGCCUGCAGAUAGUUUUGGUUUUAUUUGCAGAAGUUUUAUUAAAUCUACCUCUGAGAUUUUUGCCUCAGCCACAGUACAAUGGAAAUGAAUGGAAUUUCAUUUGUGACCCUUACAACAUUGAAACAUUUUUAAGUGGAGCUCCUUUCUACCAAAAAAAGUCUUUAUGUAAACUCCUGACAGUGAGGUCUGUGAAUUAUCCACAGUAGGUACAUAGGUUCUGGGACGAUGAGUUGCUGUUGAAUUUUUUGAAAUGUCAUUUUUCAAUGCUAUAAACACCAGCAUACUUCCUUUCACCUUUAUUAUAUUGAAAUGGAGGCAGAAAUCUCAGAGAUGCAUAUCUUACAACCUGGGUAAAUGAAGUCCAAACUAUUUGGAUAGAAACACUAACUGAUAUUUUGUCUUUUAACUUAGGUGGACUGACCCUUUAACACCAUUAUUUACUGUGCUGCACUCACAGGGACAGGUGCAAGUGUGUACACUGCCCUUACUGUAAUAGCUAGGAGCAUGUGUUUGCUUAUAAAUCACUGAUAGAGGGGUUUGUUUUAGGAGCGUGUGAUGUGUAGCUCUCAGUUUCAGGCUGUUUAUAUGUCGUAGUUGUUGCCAUGGGGAUGUGUUCCCGGAGUCUGUGUGUAUGUGUGUGUGUGUGUGUGCGCGCGCGCUUGUAUAACUCUUUAAUUAGGAAUGGGACAGCUCUUGUCCACAAUGGCUUCAAAUUCACUGGCAUAUACCUCCUUUACUGGCACUUACUGUACACAAACACACACAGAGACACAACACACUAUAGUUUCUAUUGAAAGGAAUAAUGAGAGCUUGUGGAUGCUGUAAGGCCUAAAGGACCUUGAGUUUCCUCCUGCUGCUCUAUUGCCAUUGUAAAUGUGCCUGACUGUGUAUUAAAAUAUAUUAUUAUAAUAAUAAUAACAGUAAUAAUAAGCCAUUAUAGAUAUAACGGCUUUGAUUUUUUAUGUAUUUUGAUGGUUUGUAUUGCUGUGCCACUGUGUGGCUCGGAAUAGGGGGGUAAAUUAUGCUAGAUGUGUGUAUGUUUGUGUGUUAGAUGCACGGUGGAUUUCAUCAGCAAAAGAGGGGAAGUCCUCUGGAGGACUGAUCUGACAAUCACAAAAAUAGGAGAUACAUCUCAUAUGAAGACCUCUGAGACUGAUGUUUCACUGUUGUGGUCACACACACACACACACACACACUCACACACUGUCAAGGAGACCCGCUCAUCCAGACAGUAUUUAAGAAGAACUGUUGAAGGCAAGUGGAUGUCUCCGGUUGAUAACUUUCUGGCUCUAUGUAAAGUGUCCUGGUGCUCACACAUGCAGCAUCAGGCAAGGACAGAAGCCAUGCAAGACUUUUACUUUGAAAUUAUAUCUCCACUGUGAGAGGUAGAGAGAAAACUUUUACUUUGAUGUACUUCCUCUGUGCAGAGGAGACUUGAGUAGGCUGAGAUGUGUUCAAAUCUUGAUGGUUAUUGUAUUGGCAUGGUUUUCUUUCCGUCCAUCAGUUUCUUUCUUUCUUUCGUCCCUUUUCUAUGCCCUGUCCCCUGUCAUUUGUUGCUUUUGUCUGAAGUUUAAAAGUUUAAAUAAAGAUGUUUCAAGAAUA